AUGGAUCUCAGUGGGGCCACCCCACUGGCCUUGCUCCUACUUUCUGCCCUUUCCUGCCUGGUUUUGUACUUGAACGGGGGCAGGAAAAAGAAAGGCAUACUGCCACAUGGCCCAGCACCGCUGCCUCUUGUUGGCAAUCUCUUCCAGUUAGAUACCAAGGAAAUGCACCGAUCGCUGGAGAAGCUCAGCAAGCAAUAUGGACCUGUGUACACCAUCCAUUUGGGUUCCCUUCCUUGUGUUGUCCUCUGCGGCUACCAAGCUGUGAAAGAGGCCUUGGUGGACCAGGCUGACGACUUCAGUGGCCGUGGGGACUUCCCUGUGUUCUACCGCUUCACCCAGGGAAAUGGCAUUGUCUUCUCCAAUGGGGAAAAGUGGAAGGUCCUGCGUCGCUUUUCCUUGCACACCCUGAAGAAUUUUGGGAUGGGAAAAAGCAGCAUCGAGGCUCGGAUCCAAGAAGAGGCCCAAUGUCUUGUCCAGGAGUUUCGGAAAACCAAUGGGACCCCCUUCAACCCCCUCAACCUUGUCUGUCGAGCCGUUGCCAAUGUCAUCUGUGCCGUGGUUUUUGGCAACCGUUUCGACUAUGAAGACACGGACUUCCUCCUCCUUCUGGAUCACCUCAAUGAGAACUUCCGGAUCAUGAGCACCUUCUGGGGCGAGCUCUACAACAUUUUCCCCCGGAUCAUGGACCUCCUCCCUGGGCCCCACCACCAAAUCUUCCAGAACUUUGAGAAACUCCGGCACUUCAUCACGGAACGCGUCCUCUGGCACCAAAAAGAUCUGGACCCCGAUGCCCCCCGAGAUUUCAUUGACUGCUUCCUUGUCCGCAUGGAGCAGGAAAAGCAAGACCCUUUGAGCUAUUUUAAUAUGGAGACCUUGGUGAUGACCACCCACAACCUGUUCUUUGGGGGAACUGAAACAACCAGUACAACUCUCCGCUACAGCUUCCUUAUCCUCAUGAAAUACCCCGAGGUGGCAGCUAAAGUCCACCAGGAGAUUGACCAAGUGAUCGGCCCCAACCGUGCCCCGUGUCUGGCUGACCGUACACGCAUGCCGUACACCGAUGCCGUCAUCUACGAGAUCCAGCGCUUCAUCUCCAUCCUGCCCAUGGGACUCCCUCGGGCCGUGACCCGGGACACCCCCUUCAGAAACUUCUUGCUUCCCAAGGGCACCAAUGUCAUCCCUCUCCUGAAUUCAGUGCAUUAUGACCCCACUCAGUUCAAAGACCCAACGUCCUUCAACCCCGGCCAUUUCUUGGACGAAAAGAACGCAUUCAAAAACAGUGAUGCAUUCAUGCCUUUUGCUCCAGGCAAACGGAUCUGCCUGGGAGCUGGCUUGGCCCGGAUGGAAAUCUUCCUCUUCCUCACCACCAUUCUCCAGCACUUCACCCUCCAACCACUAGUCGCUCCUGCUGAGAUCGACCUGACACCGCAGUGUACCGGCCUGGGCAAUGUUCCACAUCUGUUCCAGUUCCAGGUCCUUCCUCGCUAGCUCUGGAAAGGACCCCCAAGCACCCUCACUUGGCUGCCCAAGCAUCACAGGAUCUCCAAUAGCAGGGAUCCAAGAGAUGUUCAGAGAUGCUGCAACUUCAGGUGGAUCAUUCCUAACUCUCCCUCUGAACCUGGGGGUCUGCUUGAAGUCCACUGUUGAAGGAAUUUGGGGUGAUUCUGCACCAAGAGCACCCACAUUUUACACCCCUGAAUACUGUAUGCAAAUACUCUUUGCAUUUAGUAAAAAAGGUCAUUCUCCUUCCACCA